UCACACUGUGCAGAUUUUGGAGACGAACCCAACGGCGGUUACUAGCGAGCUAGGAUCGAACCUUUGCGGAGACUUGAGGUCUCGACCCUACGACCUUCGUGUUAUUAGCAUGACGCUCUAACCAACUGAGCUAAUGGGCCAGUUGUUCGGAUAGUGAAAAGCAUAAUAUUUGACAAUCGUUAUCUGCUCAAAGCCUAUAAAUAUGAGUAGCCAAAAUCAUAUUAAGGUGAAGUUUGAAGAAAAAGCGGAAGGCAUGAAGAGUAACGAGCCACGUUCAAGCUCAUCUUGUGCAGCUUGCAAGUUCUUAAAGAGAAGGUGCACUCCAAAUUGUCAAUUCGCUCCAUAUUUCCGGUCGGACGAGCCCAAGAAAUUCGCCAACGUUCACAAGGUGUUUGGGGCUAGCAAUGUGAGCAAGAUCCUGAACGAAGUGCCCGAGGAUCAGCGAGAAGACACAGUUAAUUCUCUCGUUUACGAGGCCGAGGUGAGACUAAGGGACCCUGUUUACGGUUGCAUUGGCGCUAUAGCUUCGUUACAACGAAAAAUGGUGGAGCUACAACAUGAUCUAAUGCUUGCUCGAACUCGCGUUGCUUAUUUUGCUGCAAAGCAAAACCCUACUACUAAUUGUUCCUUAAUGUUGGAUUAUGAUCCUUUUAAUGUCGCCAACGUGAUGCCUUCUGAUUUUGCGGAUGUUCCUGUCACCGCUGGGUACUUAGAUAGCUAUGUCCAAAAUUCAUUUGACAUGGGCCAUUGUGCAUCUACCAAUGAGUUUGGCCAAUUUCCAUGAUUAAUCACCCGUACCCCAUAUCUAGUUCUUUGCUUCUGUAUCUAGUGUUGUUAUUAAGUAGCAGUACUAAUAAUUUGAAGGACUUUGCCAGAA